AUGUUGCGUACAUUUACUGUGGUUGCUGGGAUUAGCCUGACUAUUAUAUCAUUCUUGAUUCCUACCCAGGAGUCUUGUAGAUGCAGGCCAUUUGAACCAUGCUGGCCAAAUGAAGCCGAGUGGGCAACCUUGGAUGAUUCCGUCGACGGCAAUCUCCUCCCUUUGAAGCCUAUCGGACACGUGUGUCACCACCCAACUCUUGAUAACCAUGCCUGCGAAGAUCUCAAACGUUUGUCUCUGGAUAGUGGGUGGAGAGCAGCACAACCAGCCUCUCUCCAAGACUGGAUUUGGGAGGGUGGCAAGCUCCAGAACGAAUCAUGCCAUAUUUUUUCAGGCCCGGAAUCCAAUUGCCAUCAAGGCCGAGUACCUCUAUAUUCUGUUUCAGUACAAUCCGCUUCUCACAUUCAGAAAGCUGUACUAUUUGCCAAGAAACAUAAUCUCCGGCUGGUGAUAAAGAAUACAGGGCACGAUGGAGUCGGACGAUCAAGUGGGCCAUCAUCAUUUCAAAUACAUACGAAUAAACUGAAAAAUCUGGAGUUUCACGAAGACUUCCUAGUUCAAGGAGCUACCGAGAGCUCGGGUGGUCCCGCCGUAACUAUAGGCGCUGGCGUAAUGCAAUGGGAAGUAUAUGAGAAAGCGGCUGCAAAGCGAUUAUCCCUGGUUGGUGGGGAGUGUCCAACUGUGGGUGCCGUGGGAGGUUUCUUGCAAGGGGGUGGAGUGUCAAGCUUUUUCAGCUAUGCUAGAGGAUUGGCAAUAGACAAUGUAUUGGAAUACCAGGUAGUUACCGCAGAAGCCAAAGUUGUUGUUGCGAAUGCGCAUCAAAAUCAAGAUCUCUUUUGGGCACUACGAGGUGGUGGCGGUGGCACAUUCGGCAUCGUCGCACAGGCGACCGUACGCCUCUUUCCAGAUGAUCCACUAACAUCAACUACGAUAUCUAUCUCAUCAGAGAAAGCAAGUAACAUCGAAUGGACGGAAGCGAUUAAUCGCUUAAUAGAAGUCGAUGUUUACCUCUUGAAUACUUUUGACAUUGUCGGUCUACCCUCUACACGAACUAAAAGCUCACCGAACAUGCACCUAAUGACUUCUCUACCCGUCACCGAUAUUCGUCGUUCAAAAUUUGAGACGGAUAUUCCCAAGCUGGUUCUCGACGGCCUGUCGAAACAACCAAAGACCCUACCUGCUCUCCUCUUUUACAGUUCUGAUGGCUUGGUACACUGGAAUCGGCACUCGCGCGGACCAGACUUCUAUCCGAGGCUUGAAGAGAUGCAAAUAUUGAGAAAUGAGGCUCAUAAUAUGGCAUCCGGGAUUGUUAAACAUAGUGUCAUUGUCGAUUUGGGUAGUGCGAGUCUCGACAAAGUGAUAUUUCUCCUCCAAGCUUUAGAAGCACAAGAAAAGGAGGUCACAUACUAUGCAUUAGAUCUUAGUGAAGAACAACUGCGCCACAGUAUGGAGGAGAUCCCAAUGCAGAUGUUCAAAUACGUUCGGUUUGGUGCCCUCUAUGGCACUUUCGAAGAUGGAAUCCACUGGCUCAGGGACGCCCCAGAAGUCCGUGACCUGCCUCACUACAUACUAUUACUUGGCCUGACGAUUGGGAAUUUCUCACGCGAGAAUGCAGCUGCCUUUCUCAAUCAAAUAUCAACUAAAGCACUCUCAAACAAUCCUAAAAAUAGCAGCAUCCUCAUCACCAUAGACAGCUGCAAGAUACCCACUAAGAUCUUACGAGCUUACACUUCUGAUGGUGUUGUCCCUUUCGCAUUGACAGCUCUAGGAUACGCGAAUCAUCUAAUAGGCCAGGAGAAUGAGAGUGGGCCAUCAUUUUCCCCAGAUGAAUGGAACUACCUCAGUGAAUGGAAUUUUAUCCUCGGCAGACAUGAGGCAUCUUUGAUACCAAAGGGUCAAGACAUCAGACUUGGAGGAUCUCUACGUGACAUAAUUGUUAACAAGCAUGAGAAAGUUCGUUUUGGAUGUAGCUAUAAGUAUGCUGAGGAAGAAGUGAAAGCACUCUUCGAAGCUGCAGGCCUUGGUUGCGUUGCAACUUGGUCGAGAGACAAUUGUGACGUUGCAUUCUUUCAGCUUCAACCAGACACAAAAUGA